AUGGCGAAUACUCUUAGCUAUCUAGCCGUCAGACAGAGAGACCAGACUCUGGAGAACUGGAAACGGACCACGGCUAGGGCACUGAUGCGUGCGCUCCACCGCAGCGUAGACAAAGGCGAACGAGUUGCGUUGGCCCAUGACCGAGCUAGGUCAGAAUCGAACGGCAAGGGAGCAACAGCCACCCAGACAGAGGGUCACCAACCGAAUCGCCAGAGAGCCUCUGCCCGUUCCACUAAUCUUCGGGGCACUAGCAAUGGUCGUCCGAAAUCGUUGCUCGAUGAGAGAGAUGAUCAAGACAUUCCCUGUACCGACCACCACACGGGUGCGCGAUGCCUGCUUCACAGGCCAGCACGCCGGAACGAUCAGGAUCCAAGGACGACCCGUGGGCAGGUCACAUCUCCCGUUACAUAUUCCCCCAUCUGCGCUGGGGCCCACUGA